AUGAUCACGUUAAAAAACAGGCGGUUACUCUAUUGUGGAGAUGUGAAAUGUGCGGCGAGUGUUGUGGGGUUGAGCUUGGCACGAAGAGGAACCGCGACAAAACCACCGUCGAUGGAACGCAGACAAGAUGCUACUCCUAACAUGUACGUGGCAGAGAAUCCGACAACACCACCAUUUGAACCGUACAAGGCUGCAACCACUAUCCUUCCGGGUCAUACUAUCCCACCACUGCCCUCCGGAACUCGACGACUGCCGCAUGAAAAGUUGCAGUUGAAUGAACACAAGUCGUCUGGUAAUGUACACACCAUCGGCUCGUCGUGGUUAGGUACGACUCGUCUUGCUUGUCCUCCUGGUAUCAUUGUUCGGGAAUUACCUCAAGAACUACAGCAGUAUCAUGCACCUGGUACAAAACGCUCCAACAAACCCAUGGCUGCUGUUAUACCGACCACUUCUUUGUGGCCGGAGUCUUCGGUUUCUCCAGCUUCUUCCGAGUGUUAUAAGUUGCGGUCCAACUCCACGGCUGAUGCAUUCGUCCAAACGGAUGAUGUUGCCAUUGACAUGGAUCUUUUACUCCAUACUGAAGACAUGCUUCGGACACAACGCAGUAUUUCAGUGUCCAAUGUCAGACCGACUUCUAACGUGGACAAAUCCUCCAUCCAACCUCGUCUAUCUGAUAUGUAUGCCCGAUCGACACAUGUAAUCCCUUCGUCUCAGAGUGGCGAUAGGGAUGAUCUUGAGCGGUUAAGACAGGCCCUGGUUUUGCAAAAUAAGGUCAAUGAUGAUCUAAAGCGACUAUUAGUUUCUGCCCUGGCGGGAAAUUCUGACUUGGCCGACAAAUUCGUAGAUCUGACCUCGGACAAUGCAAAUCUUUCUGGUCGCAGUCAGGAUUUGGCUGCACAAAAGGCUGUCCUGGCGGAAGCUGCGAGUACUGCGGAAAUAGCGGCAGACGUCUGGCGCGCCAAAUGCCUCGCUGGACGUGUUGUCGCCACGGAAGCUGCUAGACGACUUACUUUGGCUAACCGACAGACACAACUUACACGACAUGCUUUGGCUCAUCUUUUGGGUGAGAGAGCCCGAAUUCGAUUGCAGCUUGGACAAGCUGCAGGCUCGCUUCUCUCCAUCUGCAGCCAGAAGUCCCCCGGUACAGUGGGCGCUCCAGUUCCCUGGGACACUCUCAGUCUGGCGUCACUAUGUAACCACCUUGCCGCUCAGUUGCAGUCACUUGACCUGACCGGAUGUUGCUCAAAUCCGGUUCUCUGUCAGUCCGAUACUCCUGGAGAACUUUUGGCGAUGCGAGUUCUCACGAACACACUUCCUGAAGAAAUGCUUGUGGCUCGCGAAGGCCACCAAAUACAAAACUCACAACUCCAACAGAAAUCUGAUCUACCUACGCUUGUACCUCCGAUUACGCCAUCCGACUCGAACGAUCUGAUCCAGAAGGCGUUGGAUGCUUUCGCCUCCACGCGAUUUCUCGGCUCCGAUACUCCAUGCAUCGCCAAUUGUCGUGGCUGUAGAGGAAACGUAACCGUUGUUUGAACUACACUGUCUUUCUAGCACACGACCAUCGUGUUGUUACUUUCAAAAGGGGUUUCCUGUGAUUCCACUGAGAUUCUUCUUUUAUCUCAUUUCAAAACAGUGCUAAGUGGUGCGCUUCACUUGUCCUGUGACGUUUAUUGUCCACUGUUUUCAUGGUCUGGUAUACACCACCACCGUCCAUCCGUAUGGUUUUGAAAACGGCACUUUCUUUGGUCACGAAUCGCUUAUUUAUUCUGGAUUGACAUUUCCCACGAGUGGGCUCAUGAACGAGGAGAAUCUUUCGACCUUCUACCGAGUUUCACCCUUUCUUGUGUGCUUUUGUGCAUCAGCGAUCAAAUCCUAUCCGUUCCGUUGUUGUUUCCCUUUCACUGGGCCCUGGCAUGUCGAACCAUAACAUAUUAUUCCAUCUUUCCAAUAAUUUCUGUGACAGGACCCGCUGUUUUUCUUCUCAUGCUAUAGAUCCGGA